CCCGCCCCGCGAGCUGAUUAAGGGAGGGCGGAACGGGGCCUUAGGAGGAGCAGGAACGAGGAAGCGGGUUCUGGAGUCUCGGGCCAGGCCGGGCCGGGCCGGAUGGAUUUGUUCGGGGACUUCCCGGAGCCAGAUCCCUCGGCAGCAGGGACCGAAGCACUGAAAGGAGGAUCUUUGCUUUUUGAUGAUCUCCCACCAUCUAGCAGCUCAGGGAAAGAAGCACAAACAGGGCCUUUGCUUUUUGAUGAUCUUCCACCGGUCAGCAGUGCUGACUCAGGGGCAGCAGGACCUUUGCUCUUUGAUGAUCUCCCACCAGCCAGCAGUGGUGACUCAGCUUCACGCAUCACUGAGCAGGUCUCAGCAGUAGGAAAUCAUGGGAAAGGAGAGAAGAGGAAAGUCUCAGAGGAAGAGGAGAAUGGCCAUGAAGAACUUGUGGAAAAGAAAGUUUGUAAAGCAUCUGGAGGCAUCUUUGGACUGAAAGGUUAUAUGGCAGAGAGGAAAGGGGAACGAGAGGAGAUGCAGGAUGCACAUGUCAUCUUGAAUGACAUCACUGAGGAGUGCAGACCCCUUCCCCCUCAAAUAACCCGUGUUUCAUACUUUGCCGUUUUUGAUGGCCAUGGGGGAGUUCGAGCUUCAAAAUUUGCAGCACAAAAUUUGCACCAAAACCUGAUUAGGAAAUUUCCUAAAGGAGAGGUAGUCAGUGUGGAGAAAACAGUGAAGAGAUGCCUUCUGGACUCUUUCAAACAUACAGAUGAGGAGUUCCUGAGGCAGGCCUCCAGUCAGAAGCCUGCCUGGAAGGAUGGUUCCACAGCCACCUGUGUCCUGGCUGUAGAUAAUAUCCUUUACAUUGCCAACCUUGGAGACAGCCGGGGAUUUUUGUCAGCACAGGCGAUUUUGUGUCGUUACAACAAGGAAAGUCAGAAACAUACAGCCUUAAGUCUCAGUAAAGAACACAACCCUACCCAAUAUGAGGAGCGAAUGAGGAUACAGAAGGCUGGAGGAAAUGUCAGGGACGGACGAGUGCUGGGUGUGCUGGAGGUUUCCCGCUCCAUUGGGGAUGGACAGUACAAGCGCAGUGGUGUCAUUUCUGUACCAGAUAUCAAACGCUGCCAGCUCACACACAAUGACAGGUUCAUUAUGCUGGCCUGUGAUGGCCUCUUCAAGGUCUUCUCACCAGAAGAAGCUGUAAACUUCAUCUUGUCCUGCCUGGAGGACAAGAAUAUCCAAACAAGAGAAGGAAAAUCAGCAGCUGACGCUCGAUAUGAAGCAGCCUGUAACAGGCUGGCCAGCAAAGCAGUGCAGCGAGGUUCUGCGGAUAAUGUCACUGUAGUGGUGGUCCAGAUCGAGCACUGAAGGAAAACAUGCAGGGAUGCACUCCAGAGCUGCAUGUGAUGGAUUUAAAUACAACAACAAAGUGUGUGUGUGUGUGUGUGUGUGUGUGUGAGAGAGAGAGAGAAUAUGGGGGGCGAUGUAUGUCUCUCCUCCCUGGAUGCUCUUCAUUGUAAAUAAAUAAACAACUUCUUUUUCUAA